CUCCGUCUCUCCGUUAUCCGGGAGCGAAGGGGGGAGUGCGUUGUUUCUAUCUCCCUUCCCCAGCCCGUUCAUCUCAGCGCUUCGGUGGUGAGUUUAUGGGGAGAGUGGCCGCUCCCUGCAGCGGCCCCGGCAGGAUCGUGUCCUUUCUCACCGCGGUUCCGUGCUUAUCCUGCAAACAACAGCGGCGGCGACGGCAUCAGUCUGCGGCAGCGGAACGAGGCACCAGGAGGAGGAUGAGCGAGCAGGGAAAGAGUGCCGCGUCCACGCCUUCAAGCGGCACACCAGUCCCGGGCUCAGACACGUACAAAGGCUGGCUCUUUAAAUGGACUAACUAUAUCAAAGGUUACCAGCGCAGAUGGUUCGUGCUCAGCAAUGGACUGCUGUCCUAUUACAGGACGCAGGCAGAAAUGGCCCACACGUGUCGCGGCACCAUCAACCUCGCCACGGCGCACAUCGACACGGAAGAUGCCUGCAAUAUUGUUCUGAGCAGCGGGGGGCGCACUUACCACCUAAAAGCCAGCACAGAGGUGGAGAGGCAGAGAUGGGUCACGGCACUGGAGCUUGCCAAAGCUAAAGCCAUUCGAAUGAUGAACGAUCAGUCUGAUGACUCUGCAGACGAGGAGCCGACGUCUCAGUCGGACCACAGUGAGAUUCAGGGCACUCUGAAGACUUUGGCCAGUAAGUUGGAUGACCUCAGCACUUGUAAUGACCUGAUAGCCAAGCACGGAGCGGCUCUGCAGAGGUCCCUGAGCGAACUUGAGGCCUUACGCGUGCCUCUGGAAGGAGGAGAGAAGAUCAAGGCUGUCAAUGAGAGAGCCACCCUCUUCCGGAUCACCUCCAAUGCUAUGAUAAAUGCGUGCCGAGAUUUUCUGGACCUGGCUGAGAGCCACAGCCGCAGAUGGCAGCGUGUACUUCAACAUGAGCGUGAGCAGCGUACCCACCUGGAGGAGACCAUUGAGCAGCUAGCCAAGCAGCACAACAGCCUGGAACGAGCGUGGAGAGAGGCUCCCGCGCACGCUGUCAACACAACCGAUAAACCCACCACCGACAAGGGAGUGAGUGAAAGGCCGCGGAAAGAGGAGGCAAGUGAUGAAGAUGAGGAUACAGAGUAUUUUGAUGCCAUGGAGGAAUCACCUGCCUUUAUUACAGUGACUGCCACAGACCCCUCUCAACACAGACGUUCUCAGAGUAAUCUCAGCGGUGCUAGUGGAGGACAUCCCAGCGAAUGGAACCAGGACGACAAUUGUUCUGUGAGCAGUAAUGAUUUUUCAGGGAAAGAGGUGCAGCCUCACAAGAAGAGGCGGAGCAACAUCCCAGAGAAGCCCAACUAUUCGCUCAAUCUGUGGAGCAUCAUGAAGAAUUGUAUCGGCAAAGAGCUUUCUAAGAUCCCAAUGCCUGUAAACUUUAAUGAGCCACUGUCAAUGCUACAGCGUUUGACCGAAGAUCUGGAGUAUCAUGAGCUGCUGGAUAAGGCAGCACGCUGUGAGAACUCACUGGAGCAGAUGUGUCUUGUUGCGGCCUUCUCUGUGUCCUCCUACUCCACCACAGUGCACCGAACGGCCAAGCCCUUCAACCCUCUGCUGGGAGAGACCUACGAACUGGACCGCCGGGAGGAAUUCGGCUACCAUUCUCUCUGUGAACAGGUCAGUCAUCAUCCUCCAGCAGCCGCUCAUCAUGUGAUGUCACAGCGAGGCUGGACCCUGUGGCAGGAAAUCACCAUCGCAAGCAAGUUCCGUGGCAAAUACCUCUCCAUUAUGCCUCUGGGUGCAAUCCACCUGGAGUUUCAUGCCAGUGGAAACCACUACGUGUGGCGUAAAGUCACUUCCACCGUACACAACAUCAUUGUGGGCAAACUGUGGAUUGAUCAGUCAGGAGAUAUUGAUAUAGUCAACCACAGGACCAAAGAGACCUGUCAGCUCAAGUUCUCUCCCUAUAGCUACUUCUCAAGGGAAGUUCCACGAAAGGUCACAGGGGUGGUGAUGGACAGCGAUGGCCAGGGCCACUACAUCCUGUCUGGCACGUGGGACGAUAAGAUGGAGAGUGCCAAGAUAGUCCAGAGCAGCACAAGAAACAGCAGCUCUGAGGGAAAACAAAAGACAGUCUAUCAAACGCUCCCACCCAAACUACUAUGGAAGAAAUACCCGCUACCAGAGAAUGCUGAGAACAUGUACUGUUUCUCUUCUCUGGCUUUGACGCUGAAUGAGGAAGAGGAGGGUGUAUGUGUGACGGACAGCAGGCUGAGGCCGGACCAGCGGCUGAUGGAAGCUGGACGCUGGGACGAGGCCAACGCGGAGAAACAGAGACUAGAGGAGAAACAGAGAGCCACCAGGAGGAGGAGAGAGGCCUCAAUGGCCAUAGAUGACGGAUUGGAGUUUGAGUGCUACAAGCCGAUGUGGUUCCACCAAAGGAUGGAUGAAACGACAGGAGACUUGACCUUUGUUUAUAAGGGGGGUUAUUGGGAGGCGAAAGAAAGACAAAAUUGGAAUGAGUGUCCCAAUAUCUUUUGAAGACAUGAAACAUUUUACUGACAAAACAGGAAAAUAAUCCCUGUACACGGACUCAACAAUGCGUUGCGAUGGCCACUGAGUUUGUGAAAAACUGCAAUGAUGAAACUCUUAAAGCGAGCGUGUGUUUGUGUGCGAGCGUGUGUGACAUAUAUCUUCAGCUGACUCUUAAACAGACUUGCACAGGAGAAGGGAAGAACAGGACUCGAGUUCUCUCUCAAGUUCACCUCAAAGAUGAGUGAGUCAGAGAAACGUGUAGAUCUUCUAGCCAAGUGCCGCCCACUUCAUCUUCCAAAGCGAAAUCAGGUUGUUUUUAUUCUGUACAGCCCCUUCACAAAUUGCACUUUCCCCCCUAUUUCCAGCAUUUCUGGAGGAUAAACAUGAGACUCAGUCAUGUUUAUAAUUAGAUCAUAUCAGAGACGCUCUUACUCCUUCCCUUCUGGCCUAGAAACUCACCGAAACACGAAGAAGAGGAAAGUCAGAUGCUGCUGCAACAUAUGGAUAACAUUUAUGUGAAUUGUUCCACUUAGUGUACUUCCUUAAGGGAAUUUUCAUAUCAACAAUAAUAGCAUAUUUGGGCAGACGAAGUUCUUGUUCACAUAUCCCAGAGAAUUAAGGGAGAAUGGUUGUUGGACUUGUUUAUUAGAGAUAUUUUACCAGCCCCUUCCCACUUUGCAUAUGCUAAGGAUCAACCGUUGAAAAAGCCAUUGCAGGCACAGUUUGACACAAACCUUAAAAACUGCUUUAAAUCCAUGAAGGUGAAUUUCAAUUGACAAUAGCUUCAUCCUGCAUUGCUCAGCGGAGCCUCUCAGUGGUCAUUCUCCAUGUUACUGUGACUGCCACAGUACAAUGCAUAUCAAUGCAAUUAAAAAUACCUUUUUGUACAAUCAGGA